AUGGUGGUAAAUAAUCCAAAUAAUUGGCAUUGGGUUGACAAAAACUGUUUGGCAUGGUCUAAGGAAUACUUUGACGAAAACUUGACUGGUUUGAAAGUGGAGGAAGGUAGUAGCAAAGUUGAAAUUGCCAAUGUUUCUUCUGUUGAGGGUGACGUUGACGUUUCGCAAAGAAAGGGAAAGGUAAUAUCAUUGUUUGAUGUACGAAUUGUGUUGACCUUCAAGGGAUCCAACGAUAAAGUUGGCGAUAUCAACGGGUCAAUAACCAUUCCGGAGUUGGCAUAUGACAGCUCUUCUGAUGGGUUGGUAUUUGAUAUCAGUGUCUACAACGAGUCAAGCGAAAAUUCAAGCAUUACCGAUUUGAUCAAGAGGAAAUUGAUCCCAGAAUUGAGAAAGAAGUUGAUUCAAUUUGGACCAGAUUUGAUCGAAAUGAACAGCAAGGAUAUUCAAUUGGAAGCUGACAAAGUGACAUCGACGUUUACGAAAGCAAACUUGACCCAAAGUAACAAGUCGGAGACGAAGACACAACCCAAAACGGAGUCAUCAAAGGGUGCUUCUAUCGCCAAACCUUCAUCAGGACAACAAGCAAAGUCUCAAUCUUCAGUUCCAAAGUACAACACCACAACCUUACAUCUUGAGCCAACUUUCAAUACCUCGGCUGAACAAAUCUAUUUAACUUUACUUGAUGCCUCAAGAAUUGCCGCCUGGACAAGGUCUCCUCCCGAAAUUGAACUGUUUCCACCUAAAGAGGGUUCGACUUACAAGUUUUUCGGUGGUGCGGUUCUGGGAAAAUUUUUGAAACUAGUGCCCAAUGAGCAAAUUGUCGAAUUGUGGAGAUUACAGGAUUGGAAAGAGGGCCACUAUGCUGAAUUAGACAUGAAGAUGAUUCAAAGCAGUGGGGAGACCAAGGUGGUUGUCAAAUUUAGUGGCAUCCCAAUUGGUGAAGAGGAGAGGGUUAGAGACAAUUUUGAGGACAUGUAUAUUAGAACUAUCAAAAUCACUUUUGGGUUUGGUGCUGUUUUGUAA